CACGUGGCAAGACUGUUCCCUGCCCAUAAACUAUCCACUCUAGGCAGCGAGCAGAGCGGAGCGAGCCGAGCGUCCUGAGCAAGAGCUGUCUCCCUGCCAGGAUGAGCCUGCCCGCAAGCCAGAUCAAGGAGCCCGGCAAGCAGUCUCAGCCUGCAAAAUCGCUCACGGAGCCCAGCCAGGAGUCUCUGGCCACAAACCUACUCCAGGAGCACAGCCAGGAGCCCCGGAUCCUGUGCCGUGACCCAGACAUCGUUGUGGAGCUGAAUGUAGGGGGGCAGUUCUACACCACCACCAUGGGCACCCUGAUGAAACAUCCAGGCUCAAAGUUUCCAGAGAUACUAUCCAGGUCAGCUCGACAGUACAAAGACGCACAGGGCCGCUUCUUCAUCGAUCGGCCCGGCACCUACUUCGGGCUUCUCUUGGACUACCUACGCACGGGGCAGGUGCCCACAGAGUACGUUCCUGAGGUAUACCAGGAAGCUAAGUUCUACCAAAUCCAUCCUCUGGUCAAGAUUUUGGAAGAUAUGCCACAGAUCUUCGGUGAGCAAGUGGCCCGAACGCAGUUCCUGGUGGGAGUGCCAAACUACCAAGAAAACCUGGAGGUCCUGUUGCACCUGGCUCGGGCGGAGGCCGUGGCGAUGCGCUCGUCAAAGGUGGUGGUGUGCGUGGUGCGCACGGAGGAGGAUGACGCGAAGUGUGUGGAGCCGCUGCACAUCUUGGAGGCCAAGAAGACACCCGUUGUCAAAUUUGGGCCCUGGAAGGCGGGCCCUGUGACGGAGGACUUCGUGUACUGCUUGGAGAAGGACAUUAGAGCCAAGGGGUAUAAGGUGAGCUCGCAGAGGUAUCACCUGAGCAGGGAUCCUUACACAUGCUUCUGGAUCUUCGUCUUCACCUGGUGGUGAUCUCCAGGGGUGGGGGCUGUCUGUUAGAGGCUGCGGUGGGACCUGGGAGAUCGGUCGCCAUCAGAAUCCAUAUUCUAAAGCUGAGCCUGUAGUCCCAGUGCUUGGAAGGCCAAGACAAGAGGACUGCCUUGAGUUCAAGACCAGUCUUGCCUAUAGACUGAAACCCCAUUGUUUCGACCUAGAAGUUCUUCCCAGGCCAUUGUCUGGCCUAGGGGAAGUCAGGCUACCCCAUCUCCAUGCCUGCUCCCUUCCAGAACCACAUUCUACUCGUCAAAGUAGAGCUUCUCACAUCUUCUAAGAAAUAAAGCUUAUAAAAUGUUUAACAGAGCAAAGGGUUCUUCCUUGCUUGCUGAGAAAUAACCCUGAUGUAUAAACUCUUUUAGCCUGGACCUAGUGUUAUGGUUUCUGUCUUUAUAAACUCUGUAGUGCUUAACUUGAGACCAAGAGUUCUUUGUGGCAGGAGUCUGACAUCGGUCACCAGAUUAAAUAAAGGACUCUUAACUGGC